UUUACUCAAUCAAUCAGACGGAACUGUUGUCUCCCACACUGUUGCGUUUAUCAGCCAAACAAACCAAACCAGUUUCCUCGUCAACGACUCAACACUUCGACCUCAGAUUCGCUCCUACUCCGAUCCCAAUCUCCCCAGAUUCGAUCUUCUCUCUUCUCUCCGAUGGCGCCCCACAAAGCCGUGACGCUGACCCACGUCCGGUACGAGAAGGGCGACCUUUUAGGCCACUUCUUGGCCUGGAUAUCCCUCAUCCCAGUCUUCAUCUCCCUCGGCGGCUUCGUCUCCCACUUCAUCUUCCGCCGCGAGCUUCAAGGCAUGUUCUUUGCCAUCGGCCUCAUCAUCUCCCAACUCAUCAACGAACUCAUCAAGGACUUCUUCCAGCAAGCCCGUCCCGCCACGUGUGCCCUCCUCGAAAUGUGCGACUCCCACGGCUGGCCCUCCAGCCACUCCCAGUACAUGUUCUUCUUCGCUGUCUACUUCACUCUCUUGACCUACAAAGGGAUUGGUCUGCGAGAUACCAACAACAAGUUGGCCGUGAUUUUCUUGCCGUGGUGCUUGGCUUUGCUGACGAUGUGGUCGAGGGUGUACUUGGGGUACCAUACUGUGGGGCAGGUGUUUGCUGGGUCGGGGUUGGGGGUUUUUCUUGGGGGGUUGUGGUUUUGGGUUGUGAAUUCUGUGUUGGUUUGUUUCUUUCCAAUGAUUGAGGAGAGUGCGUUUGGGAGGUUCUUUUAUGUUAAGGAUACUUCUCAUAUACCCAAUGUGUUGGAGUUUGAGUAUGAUAAUGCGAGGAAGGCGAGGAGCGAAAUGGCUGCCAAGUGCGAUUGAGUGAUUCAAGACUUGAACUUGGUGAGUAGCUCAAGAUCCAUCUCAUUAGCAUGCUUAUUUGCAUAGAUGACAUGAUUAGACUCUUAUCAUUUUGUUUGAGUCGCUAUAUAAACACCGUUGUACGAGAAGACUGGAGGCCUGGAGCGAGUUUGACAGCAAUUGAAAUUUAGAAGCUCUUCUGUAUUAAUCAAAGAGAACAUUUCUUGGG